AUGAAUGCUACGAAACGCAAGUUCAACACCCUUCUUCAGGGUCUGGGGAGCCCGCGUCAGGGAAACGGCGACAACGAUCGUCCCGGCUCUCGUCCUGGGACAGCGCCGGCAAAGCCACCGCAGACAGCGGAAGAAGUCGAAGCCCUUCUACAGAAACGCCGCCGACUAGGAUUGCCCCAGUCAAACAGCGGUGGCAGCACCGUCGGCAGCCCCAAAGCCCCAACAGAGAGCACGGCAAGGGCAAGGACAGCAACAACACUACCAGCGGCAGCAGCCUCGGAAGCCUCGCCAAGCCUGACUAGAACAGGCUCCGGCUCGUCCGUGGUCGGUAAGCGGGCUGUUGCCUCCCAGAAGAAGGUCGAGGAGAAGCCGCUGGCACGAUUCUGUCCGAGCGACCGGAGCGAGCUCCUCAAACGACUGGCGACCUUUAACGAUAUAACGGACUGGACACCCAAGCCGGACAGGGUCAGCGAGAUCGAGUGGGCCAAGAGAGGCUGGGUGUGCCAUGGAAAGGAGACUGUCCGGUGCGUUCUGUGCCACAAGGAGCUCGUCGUCAAAGUCAAUAAGAAGGAUGUUGGCGGCACCGAGGUCUCGGUGUUGGUGCCAUCCGAGAUUGAGGGUGCCCUCGUCGACAAAUAUGCCGAGCUUAUCACCGACUCCCACCUCGAGGACUGCCUGUGGCGAAGGCGAGGCUGCGACGGUUUGUUGAACACCCCCCGACCUCUUCCCUCAUACAUGCCUGCUAAUCCGGAGCCGUGCCCUGCAGACACUCUUCUCCGACUACAUAUCGCGAACACGUCGUCCGCCGUACAGGACCUCAAGGAACGAUACCAGGAGCUGUGCUCUAGAGAGUCGUUCCUCCCCUACGAAUUUAACCUCCGACUCCCCGUGGAUCUGGACCUAGACAAGACCAUCAAGGAGCUCCCCCCCGAUUUCUUCCAGACAGAAGCUGGGUCCCCCGAGCCGCCGAACCGGACCGCCCUGGCCCUGGCCCUCAUGGGCUGGCAGGGUCUGUCCAACGUACGCAUAGGUGCGGUCUCCAACUCGGCGUCGUGCCACACCUGCCUCCGACGCCUGGGUCUCUGGAUGUUCAAGAGCAGAGAGGUCGGGGACAGCGGCGAAGUCAUCGUUCCGGCACCCAUGGAUCAUCUCGACGCGGUCCGCGAGCACCGCUUCUUCUGCCCCUGGAAGAAUGCCGACACGCAGAAGCUGGCCACCACCAUACGGGUGGCCGAGAACGAGCCCCAGCCGGCAUGGAAGAUCCUCCUGCAGACGCUCCACAACGACUCCCACCUGCGGAGCGUGUACGCGGGUAAGCCGAAGAGCCAUAAGCCGUCGGCGUCGGGUCCCCCGUCGACUCCCGCUAGAGGCGUGCGGCAGACGGACCUGCCCAAGACCCCGGGUACCUCCCACGGCCCUGCUGCGGACAUGGCGUCCACGCCUGCGAGCACGGCCGAGGAUGAAGACAAGGAGCAGGAGAUCAAGGAUAAGGAGCGGUGGGCCAGACUGAAGAGAGUCAAGAGUCUAUUUGACAUGAAGGGAUCACGACGGUUGAGCAAGGCCGGGUCGAGCCGACCUGGAACCAGCCAGUCGAUUCGCGACCCCCCGGCCGGGGCGUAA